AGACAUUCAGUCUCCUUGCAGUUUCAGUCUGUUCCUGGCUUUUCAGCUCGUGAGCAAGCCUUAAGAUGCCAGAACCUGCAAAGAAACCAGCUUCAGCUUUCACCAAGAAACCGAAGACAGCAGAUGUCGUAGCAGGAGGUGUGGCUAUUUUUGAAGCAGAGACAGAGAAGACAGGUGUCAAGGUGAAGUGGCAGCGAAAUGGUGUAGAAAUCAUUGCAAGUGAGAAGUAUGUCAUCAAGUCAGAGGGGAACAAGCAUUCACUGACCAUUAAUAAUGUCGGAAAAGAGGAUGAUGUGACGUAUGCUGUCAUUGCUGGAAGUUCCAAGGUCAAAUUUGAACUCAAAGUCAAAGAAGCAGAGAAGAUGGAAGAGGCCCCUCUUCCUGAAGCGACUUCUGAACCCACAGUCUCAAAUGUAUCUACAACAGCAGAUGCUGGCUCUACAGAUGGCAACAUGGGCUCAGAAGCUCUUCUUUCAGAAGCCCCGCAAAAGGAGCCUGUGGAUCCUAUUGGUAUCUUUGUGUCUCGACCACAGGAUGGAGAAGUGACUGUUGAUGGAAACAUUACAUUCACUGCUGUAGUGGCAAGUGAAAGCCUGCUGAAGAAACCUUCAGCGAAAUGGUUCAAGGGAAAGUGGAUGGACCUGGCGAGCAAAGUGGGGAAACAUCUCCAGCUUCAUGAGACUUAUGACCGAAAUAACAAGGUUUAUGUCUUUGAAAUGAGCAUUAUCGAAGCAAAAGCAUCCUACGCAGGAGGAUAUAGAUGUGAAGUGGCUACUAAGGACAAGUUCGAUAGCUGUAAUUUCAGCCUUGUUGUCAAUGAGGCACCUGCAACAGGUGAUUUGGACAUUCGCCCAGGAUUCCGACGAGCUGCGGAUGGACACGACGAAGGCAGGGAGCUGGAUUUCAGUGCCUUGCUGAAAAAGAGGGACCGUGAGGCAAAAACUGAUUCACAGCCGGAUGUUGAUGUUUGGGAAAUUCUUCGGAACGCUCCUGCAUCAGAGUAUGAGAAAAUUGCUUUCCAAUAUGGCAUCACUGAUCUGCGAGGGAUGUUGAAACGUCUCAAGCGUAUGAAGAAAGAGGAAAAGAAAAGCACAUCCUUUACCAAGAGACUGGAUCCUGCCUACCAGGUUGACAAAGGACAGAAGAUCAAGUUAAUGGUGGAACUCGCUAACCCAGACGAUGAAGUGAAAUGGCUAAAGAAUGGGCAAGAGAUCCAAGUGAGCGGCAGCAAAUACAUUUUUGAGGCUCUAGGAAAUAAAAGGAUACUGACCAUCAACCACUGCUCACUGGCUGAUGAUGCAGCAUAUCAAUGUGUCAUUGGUGAGGAGAAGACUUUUACAGAACUGUUUGUAAGAGAGGCUCCUAUUCUGAUUACUCAUCCUCUGGAAGACCAGGUGGUCAUGGUCGGAGAAAGAGUGGAGUUUGAAGUUGAAGUGACUGAAGAAGGGGCUGCUGUGAAGUGGGAGAAGGAUGGAGUGGAGCUUACCCGGGAGGAGGCAUUCAAAUAUCGGUUCAAAACGGAUGGUAAAAAGCAUUACCUCAUUAUUAAUGAAUCCACCAAAGAGGAUAAUGGGCACUACAAGCUGAAGACUAAUGGUGGGGAGUCUGUUGCUGAAUUGAUUGUACAAGAGAAGAAGCUGGAGGUGUACCAGAGUAUUGCGGACUUGUCAGUGAAGGCACGGGACCAGGCGGUGUUCAAGUGUGAGGUUUCUGAUGAGAACGUGAAGGGCAUCUGGCUAAAAAAUGGGAAGGAGGUGAUCCCAAAUGAGCGGAUUAAGAUCUCUCAUAUUGGCAGAAUACAUAAACUAACCAUUGACGAUGUAACCCCAGAAGACGAAGCGGAUUAUUCUUUUGUCCCUGAAGGAUUUGCAUACAAUCUUUCAGCCCAUCUUCGUUUUUUGGAGAUUAAGAUUGACUUUGUGCCUAGGCAAGAACCACCCAAAAUCCACCUGGACUGCAUGGGCCAGACUCCUGACACCAUUAUUGUGGUGGCAGGAAACAAGCUGAGACUUGAUGUACCCAUAUCAGGAGAUCCAGCACCCACGGUGAUCUGGCAGAAAAUAAACAAGCUCCUUGUAGAUUCCGAAGGCAGGGUCCGUGUGGAGAUGUAUGAAGACCACUGUGUGUUCACCAUUGAAGGAGCUGAGAAGGAAGAUGAGGGAGUCUACAAGGUGACAGUAAAGAAUCCAGCAGGAGAAGAUACAGCUGACAUCACUGUCAAAGUUAUUGAUGUACCUGACCCACCUGAAGCUCCCCAAAUCACUAAUGUUGGUGAAGAUAACUGCACAGUGCAGUGGCAGCCUCCUAAGUAUGAUGGAGGACAGCCAGUACUGGGCUACAUCUUAGAGAGGAAGAAGAAAAAGAGCUACAGGUGGAUGAGGCUGAACUUUGACCUUCUGAAGGAUCUGUCCUAUGAAGCAAAGAGAAUGAUUGAAGGCGUUGUUUAUGAGAUGCGAAUUUAUGCCGUGAACUCUGUUGGCAUGUCCCGGCCUAGUCCUGCCUCUCAGCCCUUCAUACCGAUCGCUCCACCAAGUGAGCCAACACACUUUACAGUGGAAGACAUUUCUGACACUUCUGUUACCUUGAAGUGGAGACCCCCUGAACGGGUUGGAGCAGGAGGACUGGAUGGCUACAACGUUGAGUACUGCAAAGAAGGAUCCACAGAAUGGAUUCCAGCUCUUCAUGGCCUGACUGAGCGCACCUCAGUCCUGCUUAAAGAUUUGGUCACAGGAGACAAACUUUAUUUUCGCAUCAGUGCUGUAAACCUGGCAGGUGCAAGUCAACCAGCAAUUACCAAAGAGAUUAUUACUAUCCAAGAGGUCUUGCAGCGUCCCAAAAUUUGGCUACCACGCAACCUCAGGCAGACUCUAAUGAAGAAAGUGGGUGAUACAAUCAACAUUGUAAUUCCUUUCCAGGGUAAACCUAGACCUAAAGUUAUCUGGACAAAAGAUGGUCAGCCAAUAGACUCCAAGGAGGUGGCAAUUCGAAACAGCAACACAGACAGUAUCCUGUUCAUCCGAAAGGCUGAACGCCACCAUUCUGGAAAAUAUGAAGUGGAAGUGCAAAUAGAAAACAUGAGUGAUAAAGUCACUAUUACCAUGCAGGUCAUGGAUAAGCCUGGUCCUCCUCAGAAUGUAAAGAUUGUGGAAGUGUGGGGAUUUAAUGUUGCACUGGAAUGGAAACCACCCCAGGAUGAUGGCAAUGCUCAAAUCACAGGAUAUACAGUCCAGAAAGCAGACAAAAAAACAAUGGAAUGGUUUACAGUUUUUGACCACUAUCGACGCACUAAUUGUGUAAUAUCAGAAUUGAUUAUGGGAAAUGAAUACUAUUUCCGCAUCUUCAGUGAAAAUUUGUGUGGACUGAGUGAAAAUGCUGCAACCACCAAAAACUCUGCCUUCAUUAAAAAGACAGGUACAGAUUAUAAUCCCCCCCGCUACAAAGAGCAUGAUUUCUCUGAAGCACCGAAAUUCACUCACCCACUUCCAGAUCGCUCAGUGGUUGCUGGGUACAAUGCUACACUCAGCUGUGCUGUAAGAGGAAGCCCAAAGCCCAAAAUCUUCUGGUUCAAAAACAAAAUGGACCUCUCUGGAGAUGCCAGAUACCGUAUGUUCAGUAAGCAUGGAGUGCUGACUCUGGAAAUCCGAAAGCCCAGCCCAUUUGAUGGAGGCCUUUACACCUGCAAAGCUGUGAACGAAUGUGGUGAAGCUGAAAUAGAGUGCCGACUGGAUGUCAGAGUGCCACAGUAGAAUGCUGAACUACUGGUUGUCGGGAAGGCCAGGUCAUCCUGAGAUGAUAGCAGACAUACUGAAAAGAGUGAAUAAAUGACAAG